AUGGCGGACGGCCACGAGGAAUGUUCUGCUGUUGACAACGAUAAGAAUGGUGAUGAAAUGGAUGCAGCGUCUCUGAAAACUGUUAAAAAGACGACAGAGCCUGGGAUUAUAUACCUCAGUAAAAUCCCGCAGUAUAUGAGUGUGAAAAAAAUCAAGCAAAUCUUCGAACAUUACGGAGAACUGGGUCGUGUAUUUCUUCAACCAGAUGACAAAGCCACUGGAUCAAAGAAAGGUCGCCUAUUUACAGAGGGAUGGGUGGAGUACCAGGAUAAACGAGUGGCUAAACGAGUGGCCCUGUCAUUAAACAAUUCCCCAAUUGGUGGAAAACGACACAGCCAGUGGCAUGACCAAAUAUGGAAUAUCAAAUACUUACAUCGAUUUAAAUGGACUCAUCUGAACGAAAGACUGGCUUAUGAGAAAGCUGUUCACCAACAGAGGUUGCGAACAGAAAUUUCGCAAGUUAAGAGAGAAACAAACUUUCACAUACAAAAUAUGGAAAAAAGUCAACGUUUGAAGAAGAAAGCUCUUAAGGAACAGAAACGCACUGUGAUAAAUGAUAAGACUGGCGAGGUGAAAUCAAUGGUGGAAAAGCCAGGAGAAAGCACUCUCCGAAAACCAUAUGAAAUUAAACAGAGGCAGACGGAAGAAGAAAUUUUGUCACGGAAACGAAAGAAGGAGGAGUCAGUACAUUCAGAACCUUAUGAAGUCAAAUCAGCGAAAAAACCAUUAACUAAGAAACCGGUUCGAAAACAGCCGAACAAAAAAUCAUUUUUGAAGCAUAUCUUUUCAGGUGGCCUGACAGCUGAAGAAGAUUGA